UGAACAUCACAGAACACCUGGCCAAUGAAUUCGCACUAAACACGCUGAUGAAAGUAACAACAAUCCAUAUUUGACAAUUUAUAAAGAAAAUAAUCGGGUUUAAACACGUUGAAUUGAAAAAAUGGGUCGCAGAAAGAAGGCUAACAAGCCCCCACCAAAACGCAAAGCUAUUGUGCCUUUAGACACACUGUUCAACUGCCCAUUUUGUAAUCAUCAAAAAUCUUGUGAAGUUAAACUAGAUAGAGAGAGAAACACAGGUGUCAUCACAUGCAAUGUCUGCUUGGAAGAUUUUCAAACUAAUAUAAAUUAUCUGUCAGAAGCCAUUGAUGUCUACAGUGACUGGAUUGAUGCUUGUGAGGCAGCCAAUCAGUAGCACUGGUUUCUGUGGCCUGGGUGGGCCACACCUUUUUGUUUUUUUUUAAUCACCAAUUUAAAAUGUUCCAUUUAUUUGUAGUCAGAGGUCUUACUGGUUUAUUUGUUCUCCACCUAGAAGUAUUGUUUUUGAACAACUUUUUAUCAAUGUAAAAAGGGGGAUCAAAUAUGCCAGUGUUGUGUGGAACAUGAAGUGAGUUGCAUGGAACAUGGGUGUGUGGUGUGAGUAAUUCUGACCAUUAACGUUGCCUAUGCUCCACUCUAGGCUUUCUGUUAGAUUAUUUUUUUUUAGAGUGGUGCCCUUACAGUUGGGGAUAGGCUUGAACUUAACAUUUUGUUAUGGUUUGUGUGAUGAGAGAUGUUUGUUUUUAGGUUUACUUUAAUUUUUAAAAAAAGUAAUGGAAAAUUAUUUAUUUGAGCUGAUGUUACAUUUACUAGGUGAGAUGAGAAUGAUUUGUUUGCUAUUAGUUCAGGUUUAAAAAAAUUAUGUCUCACUGGUCUUAAAGUUUAUAGUUUAAAAAAAACUUUUUUUAUUUUUUAAAAUUUUUUACUAGUAUCAUGAACUAGUUAUAAUUCAUUUAUUUUAUGGCUGUGUAUGGAGUUAUAAUUGACUAUCACCGACAAAGCUUUUAUGAAUAAUAUACAGAACACGCAACCCAAAAGCGGGAAGACAAGUUUGACCUUAUGCUUAGUUGACCCCAGUGGUUGUGACCUCCUAUUGUAUGACAAAGAGGAGUUGAGUGGAAUGUUGUGGUGGGGUGAAUCUUGCUGUAUGCUGUUGAUCAGAGGUGUGGAUGCCUUGUAUAAAUUCCUGUUGUGUGUUGCUAUUGUGUGUACUGUUGCACAGUCAGCUUAUUAAAACUUUACACAUCCAGCAUAUUUGCAUGGUGUUGCUCAUUUGA